AUGAAUUCGGCAAAAUUCAGAAAUUCCACAGAUCCUAUUGCUCCACAUGCAGAACGUUUAAUUAAUUAUAUGAACACUCACCCUGAUACUAUUUUAGGUUAUGCAAAGUAUUAUGGGGAUUCGAAAGAUACCCAAAGUGCACGAAUGACAGAUAUUGAUUCUAAUGGAUUUAUCGUGAUGGCUAAGGAUGCUAACGGAAAAGAAGCGGAAGUUCAUAUUCGUUUCAAAAAUCGGUUAAAGUCGAGUGAAGAAGUCAGGCCAGUACUUACUGAAAUGGCUCGAGAAGCAGAGGAAGCAUUGAAUUUGCCUAGUACAUUACCACCAAAUAAUAAUACAACUACACGAAGUUCAUCUACACAUACUCCAUUCAAUCAUCCGCAUAUAGCAAUAUAUAUUGGACUUUUGGGAUUUCUUUAUUUUCAUUAUCUUGUGAUUUUUCAUCCUUCUCCUCCUGAAUUUGUUGAAUAUGUUAAGUCAACAAUUGAUCCCCAGUUUUUCGUGUAUAUUCUCUAUGUUAUUCUCGUUAUUCAUUUAUUUGAAACUACAAUAGUAGUGAUUGUAUUAACAUUGAGAGGAGAGAAGGACAUACUAACAUGGUUAUUAUGGAUAACAAGUACUUUAGCAAUUGGGCAUUUUUGGUUUUUAUGGAUUCCCAAGAAAGAAAGAAAAAAAAUACACUGA